AUGAUAAAAGCUGUUACAGCUGAUGUAGAUAAUAUAAAUGAUGUAGAUAAUGUAGGUAAUGUAGAUGAUAUAAAUAAUAUAGAUAUAGAUAAAUUAGGAUCUUGUUAUAAUUUUAUUCUUACAGUAGUUUAA